AUGCAGGUAUUUUGUUUCGUUCUGUGCUCGCUACUUAUAUUAGUGUUCUGGACAUCAGCUGGACAUAGUGGACACGUGGACGAUACAAAACACCAACUUUUGAAAAAUUUGUUGCGUGCCUUAAAUAAAGAUCUUCAGUCACAGGAAAAGAUCAAAGAUGAAACUAAUUGGAUAAGAGACGAACCGGAUGACGUGUCUCUUGACGAACGAAACAUUGAGAAAGGGAAUAAUCGUCCUUCUACGGACGAUCUUGGCGAUGACGACGAAGGGGAUGCAGAUAAUGCUCAUGAAUAUCACGUGUUCGGCAAAAAAGGCGAUUCUAACGAAGCACACGACAAUCAACGAAGGAAACAUAGGGUAGAUAUGCACAGAGACAAUGAAGAAGAAGCGAUACAAGAAGAGGAAGACGCAUGUCUAGAGUACCAACGCCAACAAAAGUUGGCCAUAAAACAUGGACGCAGUCCCGGGGAUGUUCCUUCUCCUGGUGUUAAUUGUGAGAUGAUUAAGGAUUCAGUCGGACAGACAGGGAGGAAUAAGCGAUUUGCUCAGCUGAACGCUGGAGUUUGGGACAACGGGAUUGUGCCGUAUUUAUUUGAUACCGAAACAUUGCCUGAUAGAGAAAAGCAGUUAGGUCGAAUACGAGCUCACAAUCAUUAUGAAUACUGGACAUGUAUAAGAUUUGUGCCUUAUACAAAUACAACACAGGUGGACUACGGCUUGGACCACAAUACUUACCUUCACCAUAUAAGUACAAGUGGUUGUUGGUCAUUCGUCGGAAAAUUAAAGAAGAGCCAAAAAAUUAAUUGCUGUUCUAACGACAUUUGUGUUCAUGAACUUGGCCAUGCUUUUGGGUUGGGACAUGAGCAAAAGAACCCUUUGCAUGAUAACUACGUGGGUGUUCAUUACGACAAUAUUCAAAAGGAUUACCAUAGUCAAUAUUAUGAACAGAAUAUAAGGCACAGCAAAUUGUUCGGAUAUUAUGACUUGUCGAAUGUGAUGCACUAUGGGUUAUAUGCUUUUUCAACUGGAGGAAAGACAAUGUCUAUAUUUGAUCCAGAAUUGGAAUACCUAGUAAAGAAAACGGACCCAUACCAAUAUUAUUUGUUCAGUGAGGUGUCGCAAAUCACGGAUUGUCAAGGUCUGAGGUGUAGCAGUUUUUCUUUGACCUGUGCCAACUCCGGUUACCCUGCUGUUGUUAAGGACAAGUGUACUUGUCGCUGUCCAGAGGGCCUGGACCCUUCUACAGGAUGUCGGACACGUUAUGAUGGAGAUCGAAUGAUUUCAACAAAAUGGCCGUCCGAAGCCUUCACCACCUUAAGUACCAAGAUAACUGGCUGUCCCGGUGGAUUUUAUGAAGGCAGUUUUACGCAACAUCAUAAAGACACACGAAUGGAACACACUAGUUCUAUAUUUAGUGCUGACAUAAUUUCAAAACCCACCUCUACUUUUUACAAAUUUUGUACUAAAAAGAAAACAGAGGAAAAUGGUAUUUCACCCAGCUGGCCUGCAGGAAAAUAUUGUGUCUACCGCCAAGGAGGGGUUUGUCCCAGUGGCUUUAAUACUGGAUAUAUACAGUAUGAUGACACCAUGAAUCCAUCGGAUAUCUUCGGAAUUCUUCCUGAUGGCCAAUUCUCCGAUGACACCAGGUUCUACUUUUGUUGCCGUAGUGACGGUUCUACUUCGAUUGCAGUGAAUCUACCCUCUGAGGAGCCAUUUAUUUUGUUUCCUGUCACUUCCGGUUGUCAGCAAGUCUCAGGAAUGGGCUCAAGCAAGCAAUAUUUGAGAAUCAAAAAUGGAAAAGAACUCUUGCAUACAUCUGGAGAGAUACCUUAUCUGAGGAUCUCGUAUACAACCAAUUAUAAACUCUUUUUUUGCUACUAUACUCCGACUGAUUUCAAGGAAACUCAUUCUUACUCAAGAUGGCCAAAAGAUUCAUUUGCAAUGGUUCAAACCGCGUCAGGUUGCCCUAAAGGCUUUCAAUCGGGGCAAUUUUUAGAAUAUUCUUACUACACCUCGGCCCCGUCUGAUACUUUCUCAGCGCUGGAGUCUGAGGGACAAACUUUACGUUACCAAUUCUGUACAAAGACCGAGACUACCCCAAUCGGAGACCACGCACAGUGGGGUCCUGGAUCCUACUGUUUUCUCCGAGUCGGAGGGAAAUGUCCUGAUGAAUUCUCUGAAGGAUCCAUUGCUUUGGUUGAUGGCCAACCGCCAGAUAAUUUUACUGGUUCCCUUCCUGAUGGUUCCUUCGAUGAUCACGUGACCCUGUACUUUUGUUGUCGAUCUGAUGGAUUUACCAGAAACCCUCUUCAAAUCCCAAACAAAGAACCAUUUAUAUUGUUUAAAGAAUCCUCCUCCUGUCAGAAGAUUGAAGAUAUGAGUUUUGAAGAGGAGACAUACAGUGUAGGGACAAAGUCUAAAGCUCCUACGUCCUCGGGCCACACUCCAAAAAUAUCCACAAAUUAUUACAAGAAGACGUAUUUCUACAUCUGUUACUACUAUCCAACGCAAUACGACUGCGGAAACAAGAUACACUUGAGCAAAGAUGGACAGACAACUGCAGUUAUUACAAGUCCAGGACACCCAAAUCCGUACCCAGGAGGGAGAACCUGUUUCUGGAAUGUCAUCGCACCAGACGGGUUCAAGUUAAAACUUGAUUUUAAUGAUUUUGACAUAGCAGCUAAUACAGAUGGAACUUGCGUCGAUAGACUAGAGGUCAGACAUUCGCUUCCGGGUCAGUUUGGACUGAGUUACUGUGGAGAUAGAUUCCCUAAGACGGUCCUCUCGGAAGAAAACCAACUAGGACUGACCUUUCAGACUGGUUUACGGCAAGCUGCACGAGGGUUUUCGGCAAAAGUUACACUGCUGGAACCAAAUGACCCUAAUUUCUGUUAUACCAAGAACGGAGAAAACUACAGGGGUACAGUUGAUAUCACUCGACGUUUUAAUAAAUGUUUACCCUGGUCGGAAGUCAAACACUGUCUUAGUAAUACUUAUAAUCCGAUGGAUCUAGAUGACGAUCUGCUUGGGAACUAUUGUCGUAAUCCUGGUCACGGCACCAGACCUUGGUGUAUUACCAAUACGUUUUUGUGUACUCGAGAUUACUGUGAUGUGUGUGGAAUCGAAAAGUGCUACGAUAUAUUUGAUGAUUGUGCGGAGAGAACAGUGGAUAUAUCGAAAUGUGAGCAAGACCCAGAACUCAAACGAGGCUGCAGAAUGUCUUGUAAAAUGUGUGAUAGACAAACAAAAAUUGGAGUUGGGUCAGUGAGGUGUUUGAAGCCAACCAUCCCAUCCGACUCCACCAGCGAAACAUUGAAAGAAACAUAUUUUGUUGGUGAAACGGUAGUACUUACGUGCAGAACAAACAACUUUGAAAAGCAAACAAUCACUUGUCUAGCUGAUGGAACUUGGUCAGGUGCUGGGUUUGUUUGUGGACGUUGCAAAACUGGCUGGACACCAUUCCAGGGCCAAUGCUAUAAGGCUUUUGAAGAGGAGGUGGACCGUAGUACUGCAUUAUUGCGUUGCGCUGAUGAAAAUAGUGCGAAGCUAGUGUCCAGUAAAGAUAUCAAAGAGAAUAAUUUUCUGAGAAGUUUAGUACAAGAUGGCGUCAAUUUUUGGAUUGGUCUUGAUAAUGGAGCUUGGCCAGAUGGAGAAAAAGUUCAAUGGACUAACUAUAAAAAAGGUUCUUCGAAAAGCUGUGCAUACAUAUCUGAUAGAGAUGGAAAAUGGCGAGGAAUAUCCUGUGGGUCAGCAUUCUAUAUAUCCUUUGUUUGCUCCUAUUCACCACAAGCUCGGACAUUAUGUAAAGAUGCUACACCAAAUUGCAACAAAUACCUCAAGUUGGAUGCCAGAGCAUGUAAAAAUGAUGAAUUUGUUUGGCACACCUGUCCGAGCACUUGUGGAUACUGCGAUAAUAUAGAAGGUAAAUGCGUUGUACCGAGUGUGACGACAGAAAACAACGCUGAAAUUAUCACAACUAAUGGUGCUCUUGGAAUAGGAGAUGUGUUGGAAUACAGAUGCAAAUCCGGUUUUUCUCACACCAGCGGAAGUCUCUAUAGAGCAUGUCAAAGAAAUGGAGCGUUUACCGGUUCAACCCCCGUAUGUAAAGCUUCUAACACAGUCCCUGAGCCCAGCAACGAUGCUCCACUGUUACAAUUUCGCCGACACCUUUACACUAGAUAUUCCUACACUGGCCUAAAUGAAAAUAUGAGCAUCAAGAAAAGUGGAAAGAUUGUCAAAUGGCAGUUUUACAGCGAGACGAACGGCAUCGCAGCUCUACAAGUGUUGAGGCCAACUAUUGCCGAUAAAACGUAUACUCUCAUUGGUCAGAACGAAAUAUUGGAAACGUAUGUCGGUAGAAUUCGUACAUUUGAAGUUCCAGUUGAGGACCAAAUUGCGGUGAAGUCAGGGGAUCUGAUUGCUGUCUUUCCCCUCAGGGCAGAGAUUCCCUAUGAAAAAUGCAGCGCAGAAGAUGUAGGGGAUACAUAUGGUUCCAUCCUGAUGUCGGUGAACAAAAUAUAUUCCACUUCCGGUUGGACUAUAUCGUCUGAUUACAUAUUCAAGGAUGUAACAGACAACUGUAGAAUCAUUCCCGUCACUGCCUUCAUUCAAUAGAGAAACACAAGCGAACUAUUCUCUGUUGUAUUUAUGCGUUUCAUUCCUCUUCUGUAUUGUGUUUAAUUAACGAAUCCAAUUCAUCUGUGACCGCCCUUUUUUCAAUUCUUAUUCAAUCAAAUUAAAUCUCUUCCUCAUUUGUUAGAAAAACAUGAAAUAAAUAAAAUUCUUUUAAACCCUAUAAGUUCAUUAUAUAUGCAUGUA